ACGUCAUUUCUUUACACAUAUCUCGUAACCCAAUAUUUUAGUUUGAUAGUUUCACGUAAUUAUUGUUUCAUGUAUCAUUAUAAACUAAAUUUAUAAUAAUUUUUAUUUAAAAGAAUUUAAUUUAUAUUAGUUCUAAGCAUAAAGAUUUCGCUAUGAUUUCAAAUUGAAAUUGUAAUCUUUACGAUAAGUUUUGAGAAAUGACGCCUCAGAAGUGACCCUAUUAUCUUGCGUAACGUGACAGAAGGUAAAUAAUAAAGUUUUGAUAGGUACCCACAAAUUUUUAAAAUAUGUCCUUUAAAACAGUUUGUAGAACACUUAAUUAUGUUCGAACUCCUCUUUUAAUGUGGGAAAACAUUAAUGAUUGCAAAGGAUCUGAUGUUGUAGUGUGUAUUACGGGUAAUCCAGGAAUCAUAGAUUUCUAUACAGAAUUUGGUUCCGAAGUACACAAGAAUACUGGACUUCCUGUGUGUGUUAUUGGACAAGCUGGACAUGACGAACCUCCGAGCGGACCAGAGGAAAAGUUAGAAAGUAGUGAUAAUUUGUACAAUCUUAAAGGUCAGGUGGCUCAAAAGCUAGACCUUAUUAAUAAUCAUAUAGAUAAAAAAAGCAAAAUUCAUUUGAUCGGUCAUUCUAUAGGUGCAUGGUUAAUUAUUGAAUUAUUGGAAAAAGACCCUAAUUUGAUUAGUAGAGUUUCGUCCGUCACCUUAUUAUUUCCUACGUUACAAAAAAUGGUCGAAAGUCCGAAUGGCAAACAAUUCGUUAAAUAUGUAAAAACAUUUCAUUCGUUAAUAAUAAUGUUAUUGACACUCCUAAAUUAUUUACCAGUUCUUGUGAAAACAUUACUAGUGGAUAUAUAUUUAAAAUCGAAUUCACUCCCUUCUCAUUAUAGUGACAGGAUAUUAAAAUGUCUAAAUCCAAAUACAAUGGACAAAGUAAUUUACUUAGCAAUAGACGAAAUGCAAACUGUAACUACACUAAAUAAGAGUGCAAUUGAUCGAAUCAAACAUUUAACAUGUGUUAUUUAUAGUAACAGAGAUAAUUGGGCACCAAUAGAGUACUUCGAUGACUUCAUACGCUUCAAGCCAUCGAUUGAAAUGAAACUGGUAAAUAUUAAUCAUGCCUUUGUUCUUAAAUCCUCAAACCGUGUAGCAGAGAUGGUGGUGGACUUUAUUAAAACAAAAAUGUAUUUAACCAAUUGACUGCUAGGUUAUGGGGAAUGGAAAUGAUUGUUAAGGAUUAUGUGCAAUUUGAUUUAUUAGAAAUUAUUGUUACCUGUUUAUGUUACAUUAAGAUUGUAAUAUGCCUUAAUUAAAAAACCUGUUUGCAGACGAUCCAUUCCACAUAAAAAAAAUACAUUUACAAAGAACAUAUGAAAAUAAUUAGGUAGGUACUUAUGGAAUAUAAAAUAUUAAAUAAUGGCACUGAGGUGUAAGUAGAAUAGGGCUUUGGAAUCACAUGACAGUAUCUACUUAAAAUUUUUCGUAGUAUAAUUAAUAUGCAUGUAAGUACAAAAAGUAUGACUAUAAUUAAAUUGCCAAAUAGAAAAAAUAUAAAAAUAUUAGUAAAUAAUAAAACUAAUACAUAAAAUUCGAUAGAUUCUAAUAGCAUGUUUUGCCAUUUUUAGAAUCCUAACUCAUUGAUAUAUAAAAAAGUCUAGGGUUAACAUUACUAUAUAAAAGAUACUACAUUUGAGACUGUCCAGAAAAAAAUUUAACUGCAACAUUACGUUUAGAAAUGAGUACAAAAUUGAAUAUUUUAGUAUCUGUGUACCUAAGAGUUUUUUUAAUAUAUCAAUGUGUUCUAAUUGUAUAAUACAUAACUUUGUAUGCAUAAAAUAACUAUAUCUAAAAGCUUACACAUUUCAUAAAUUUCGGUUUUUAUAUGAUAAAAAUCAGUGACAACAAAACAGAAAUAAUCAAUUUCAUUCUUACAAUAUUACUUUCAAAACACAACACAGUAAACAAAACUAUUUUGAUACCACUUGUGUCGUGCGGGGUUUACUCGAUCUCAUUGUGCCCUUUCCUCAAAUACUUCAUCCUAAAUAUUUUAAAUUACUAAAUAAGUAAUGAUGAAGUGGAUCUAGCCUUUAAUAUUGCAGUAUUAGCAAUAAUUACUGAAUACAGUAAAAUCUGUUGAUAUUGUAAUA